UAACGUUCUCACGAGAGAACUGUCUCAAAGAUUUGCCCUGUGAAUAUAAAUAUAUUUUAAUUAAUUUAAAUAAAUUAAUAAUGUGAAAUAAAUAAUAAUAAGUGAGUUGAGUUUUUAAAAAAACCAUCAGUGAAGUGAUAACUUACAGUGAAAUUGAAUUCUUCUAAAGUGGUUCGUUAAUUAAUCAAUGAAUAUUUAAUCAGUUCAAAGAAAUUAUAAAACAGCUAUACAAGGCUGUAUGUCAAUUUCAUCGUUUGUGGAUUCUUAAGGGGUUCUUUAAUGUCCUGGUUAAUCGAUAAAGCUCUUGAAACCCACAGUCUUUAAUACGACUAAGUUCGUAGUAAUAAAGACAGAUACAGAAGAUAUCAAAGUGUAAAAGAAAAAGCUACGUUAAACUCCUUCAACGAUUUUCUCAGCUCUUCUAAGCACGUUUUAAUACCCUUUUCCCAUUUCUUUUACACAAACAAUGCUUUUUUUAACGCUUUCGUAGCACUUGAAGAAAAUAAACGAUUUGGAGAGUAUUAAUUAGACGCUGUACCGUCAUUCAAUCAAUCCAAGCUGAUUUCCCACGGUUAUUCCUUUAAUUGUAGUACUUUAAAGACCUUUCAUCAUCGGUAUCAAAGGAAAAGCGAAAAUUCGUCAGCCAGUGGAAUCACUUUUAGAGCAACAUCUUUUACUUUCUAAUUAAAUACAACUUGAUUACUCAAUUGAAUGCUCUACUCGCCAUCAACAAGCUGAAAGACAGCUAACAAUAAACAAAGGAAAUAAUUUUUCUUGAUAGUAUUGUGGAGAUUACUCCUGAUAUUAAAUCCAUGUCAGAGUUAUUGUUAUAUCGCAAGCUCAACUGCAAUAUUCCCGUGAGUUUGCGGUUGACGUGAAAUUUACGUUUUCAUCCGUUUUCCCUCGACGCUGUAGAACAUCAGCAGUGCUCGAACCUCACAUAAACCAAACAAACUUUGUGGAUUCGAUGGCUUUAAAAUUUGCCAUCUACUUUGGGCCUCAGAAAACGUUUGUCAUGACUUGACGAAAGGUGUACUGCCUUCAAGUUUACCAACACAAGUCUUCUAUUUGCGUCAAAUUCAAGCUCCGAUCUCUCUUGCCUGCUCUUUAACCGACGUACGUUCACCCUUGUUUGCUACGCGUGCUAAGAAUAUCACCCAGAGUUGAAGAGCUAAUCGUUGAGCAAAGUCGCCGCAUUAACUUCGAAAUAUCAACUGACCUGAAAACAUAAACAUGCGACGCUUGUUUAAAAAUUCAUAAAACAAUGUAGAAUGGUUGGGCAAGACAUGAAAAAUGUAAAGUUACUGAUUAUUGAAAACUGAUAAGAGAAAAUAAGAAAAAUGAUCAGACUGGAAAUUAUCGUUUUUCUUUUAAUGUCAUGCAGUCAAAUUUUAACAGAACAUCGUGACUAUUAUGGAUCUUACAAUCAAUACGGGCACCAGAGGUAUCAUAAUCAAGGCUGGGAUGAUGAUAGAAUGGUGAAAGAAGUGCGUGUCGAACAGGGAAGAUUGAAGGGAUUAGUUGUGCAGCCAAAAACAAACCCUCGUCUGCAGCUGGUCGACGUAUUUCUUGGUGUUCCUUAUGCAGAGCCUCCAGUAGGUCCAUUUCGAUUUUCUCCACCAAGAUCACCACAACCAUGGCGAGAUAUUAGAUUUGCUCAAGAAUUUGCUCCAGUUUGUCCCCAAGUGCUGCCAAAUUUACGUGACGAGGUAAAACCCGGUCGACAUGAGUAUCUCGAACGACUUCUGCCAUACUUGAAGAAUCAAAGUGAAGAUUGUCUCUACUUAAAUAUCUACGCACCACACCAACCUGAAGGUCAAACUAAUUUACGCAGAUAUCCAGUGAUGGUAUUUAUCCAUGGUGAAAGCUUCGACUGGAAUAGUGGCAAUCCAUAUGAUGGAACAGUAAUAGCUGCUUACGGGAAUGUGGUGUUUGUAACAAUUAAUUUUCGACUGGGUAUUCUGGGCUUCCUAAGGCCUGGAACGAGCGACGAUGUGGCGAGUAAUUUCGGUUUAUUGGACCAAACCGCGGCGCUGUUGUGGUUAAAGGAGAAUAUUGCAAAAUUUGGUGGAGAUCCGGAUACUGUGACGAUAGUCGGCCACGGAACAGGAGCUAUUUUCACUAAUUUACUCCUCAUAAGUCCAGUCGCUAAUAAUAAAGGUCUAUUCAAACGAGCUAUUCUGAUGUCAGGAUCAGCUUUGAGUUAUGAUGCAAUUGGAAAAGCUCCACUACAAAUAACAAAACAAGUAGCAUAUGCUCUUAACUGUCCUACUACGGAUGACAACGAAUUGGCAGUUUGUCUUCGCAAUCGAGACGUGGAUUCUUUAUUGAAUGUGAAAAUCGAUAAACCAAGAUUCGUACCAGCAUUUGCUCCACUCAUCGAUCGUGCAGUUAUUCCGAAGAAGCCUCUGAGAUUGAUGGAAAAUGCUCAAGUGUUUGGCAGCUUUGACUUGAUGUACGGUAUUACUGAAUCUGAAAAAUUCCACGUCCUACCACCCGUUGCUGUGCUCCAUGGAAUGCUAGACGGCCAGAGAGAUGAAGUACUUCACGAACAUGCAAAAGCAACUCAUGAGCUAGAGCCCGAGCUGAUUUUAUCUAAAGUUCUAGAACACUACGGGGGAGAGUCUCUAGAUGGUUUUUCAAAUGACUACCCAACGAAAAAUCGAGAUAUAGUACUUGAUGCUUUUUCAGACAGUGCUGUCGUUGCACCACUAGUACUCAUGGGUAGAAUUCAUGCCAAAGCCAAUCCUAAAAACUAUAUGUAUGUUUUUUCACAUCCUAGAGCCAUGCACGAUUACUCAGGACAACAUCGACAACAUACCGUACAUGGUGAAGAAAUACCUUACAUGCUUGGUGUUCCACUUGAUGGUGGCAAGUAUCAUUUGCGCGGUCGAUACAAUAUUGGAGAAACACUUUUUUCAGAAGCCAUGAUGACUUGGUGGUGCAACUUUGCAUACACAGGGAACCCAAAUGCACCAAAGAGACUGACUUAUCUAACAGAUGGACCAAAAGAGUGGCGACAAUAUCAACUUGAUUGGCCUGAAUUCAAUUUCAUUGAUGAGACGUACUUCAAUUUAACGAUUCCACCGAAGGUGGGACGGCACUAUCGAUCGGCAGAGAUGCAAUUUUGGAAUGAAGACAUACCAAAUUUAAUUAGACAUAGACCUCGAGGUCCCCGUCCUGAGUUUCUGGAUAGAGCAGACGGGAUCGGCAAGUAUAGAAACAUGAACUCAUCCAAACCAGUCAAUGGUUUUGGAAUGAAAUACACAACAGCUAUACCGAGCAGCUUGGGUAGUGGAUAUGGUUUGACAAACGAACAGGAAAGUCCGUCCAAUAGAUUUCCGUUUUCUCAAUUGAACGGUGAUUCUAAACAAGACGAUAGCAAACCGGUUAUUGAGGAAGGCAUGUUCAAAGGAUCAUCAGCUAUCACGAUGAUUAUUGGUUUCGGAAUUGUGUUUCUGCUCAUAAAUCUUUCCGCUUUCUUUUACCUCUAUCAUAGACGUCAAAGUUUGAAAAACAAAGAACAAUCGGCAGCAAAAAAACUCAAUAGACGUUUCAGUAAUAAGAGCGGACAUAAUGGAGCUGGAUCACGUAAAUCAAAAGCUAAUAAACAGGUGGAAAAUCCGAUAGAACUCAGCCGCAAGUGUGAUAGUAAGCCUGAUAUUCAUGAGGUGGUUAAAAGUGAUAAAGCGUACGAUAACAGCUCUAACUUUGGCCGACAGUCAAAGCUUUCACGACAAAAUUCAAACUCUACGAUCGACACUCACAUUAAAGUUAAGGAAUGGAUCCAACAGGAAAUAGUUCACAGAUGCUCACCGAGGUUUCUAAGGAAGACUCGUGAGACAUUACAGAAAGAACACGAAGAAAAGCUAACAAAACAGCAUCAGAAAGGUGAUGAUGAAAGAAAAAAAAACGAAGAAGAACAAUUGAAAACAACAAAGCUUGAACCAAUAUACGAUCAGAAUCCAGCUCUUAUUGUAAGACCUGGUGGGAAAAAACCUAAAGUGCCUAAAGUAUCUGUGGCAGUUGACGCAACACCUGCGACAAGAACGGAAUCCAUCCUCAAUCAAAUACCCAUUGAACUUGUUAAAGAUUUAAAUUCACUCGAGGGAACAAGUCCAUACGAUCAAGUGGAAUUUAUCGACGUCCGUGCUACACCUCAGGUUGUCGUUAUCGAACACCAUCACUCUCGAAGUGAUCCUCUACCUAUGGAGACAGUUUUUAAAACUAUAAGACCCAAUUUUCCAACAAAUCGUGUAUGCGAAUCCGAUUCAGGCAGUGCAAGUAGUCUUUACGCCAAGAUAAAUCCAAAAGUAAAGACUAAAUUACCUAGCUUUGAUCAAUCGGAUACUCUAGAGGAGGAUGUUUCCAACGAUACGUGUGAUGGGAGUGAGAUAUCCAAAAUUACUGAAGGAAAUAUUUACGGAAGAAUUCCCCAGAUGACAACAUUUGCAGUUGACCAACCAAAAGAUAUAAAUGUCACAUGUCGAGAGCCCAUUACUGAAAGAGAGAACGUAAGUCCAGAAGAAGCUUUAAAGACCAUUAAACGACGUAAUUAUCCAAAGGUACUGCCAGACAUAGAAAAGAGACGAUCUCUUCCAGCAACAAGUAGUUUUUGUCCCCCGAGACAAUUUGGAAAUGCUUUGAUGGAUCAUAGAAAAGGUUCUCAUCCACCUUGUGUAGGUGGGUGUCCACCUCAACCACCUCCAAGAAUGUUUGGAACUUCCAAAAGCCUUGAUUUGCCGGAGGAAGAUGAAAGAGAACCAAUUACGACUAAUCUCCAUGUUGGCCCCUUAUUGAAAAGGCAAGAUUCCACUGGUAAGAACCGUUCAGAUUCCAGCAUCAUUGACUCCAUUGAACGUAUUGCUAUUGAUGCGCAGGAAGUUUUGUUUAAUCAUCGCAACGAAUCUGCUGGGCUGAAUACUACUACUUCGAUUACCGCUAAUCCUAAAUGUCCAGUUCACGGAACAUCCUUUGGAUUGCUCGAUGAAAACUUGGAAAGUGCUUCAAGUAGAUCCGUUGACGGACUCGAUAGGAACUUAAGUAAGAGUAGCAAUCGAGAUUGUAAUUAUUCAUCAAGUUCGACCAAGACAUCUACUAAUACAUCAUUGCCUAAUGUGAGCACGAAGAAUCCUAACUGGUAUUUAUCCAUGCGGAAAAGAAACAAUGAGAAUCAAUUCACUGAUGGAAAAGACUUUACUUCUUCAAUAGAAAAUACUCCAAUUCCACCAAAAAUCAAUCAAGAUAUUCCGGAAGGAAUGAAAAUUGUCAUUACUCCUAAAGUACCAAACAUUCCUAGCACUCAAGAUUUAAUUACACCACAACUUCUAAACCACGAACAAAAAAAUGCAUUUGCACCAACAGAAAAAGUUUCAGUGAUAGAUAUGGAAUUAUUGAAACAGAAUGACGGAUCGAUAAUUCGUCAAGGAGCUGUUGAAUCUUCUGCACCAGUAAUAAAUUCUUCAACGCUCGAUAGGAAAAAUCCCAAAGUCAUUAUUGCUCCAACGGGAACACUAGAGCAACCUAAAAUCAUCAUUAAACCAACUUCGAAUUUAGGACGUAGCAGAGAAAGAAAUAUCCCCAAAGUAUCAGCCAUUCCUUCACCAGAAACUCCGAAUCUUCAGAGUACUGAGAAAGUUAACAAAGGGAUGACUGAUACGAUUGAUAAAAAAUCUGAGAAGCCUCAACUCAAAGAGAAGCCCAAACUUACAAGGGUUCCUUCAAUUACUCGGAGACAACCCGGUGAGCCUUCGUCUCCAAUUUAUUCAGAAAAAGUAGAAAUUGUUCAACGAAUACAUGUUGGACUUAACAACCCAGUAAGUUCUGAUGGUAAAUCAAAUAUUCCAACACUGAAGACAGAAUUGAUGAGAACGGAUUCAUUUACGAGCUCUAGUGAUUCGAGUUUUAACACAAAUACGAUUAAACGAAAGCCUAUGGAAAAAAAUUAGUGCCUUUUUUAUACAUGUAUAGAUUAAUUAAAUAAAAAUAACCUAGUCUUUUA